AUGUCUGAGUAUUGGGUCUCCCACAAGCGGUAUUUCUGCAAGUACUGCAACAUCUACAUCGCCGACGAUGCGCCCUCGCGGAAGCAGCACGAGACGGGCCUGAAGCAUAAGGGCAACGUCGAGCGCUUCGUGCGCGGCGUGUACAAGGCGGGCGAGAAGCGCAAGCAGGACCUCGAGGAGGAGAAGCGCGAGAUGGCGCGCAUCGAGCGGGCAGCGAACGCCGCGUAUGCCGACGACGUCGCCGGUGGCCGCGCUCGUGGUGACUCCUCGUCCCGCGCGUCCUCUUCCGCCGCCGCCGCUGCCGCCGCCGGGCCCUCCCAACCGAAGCCGAAGCCAAAGCCGUCGAACCCGUACACGAACUACUCGACCGCCGAAUCCCUCGGGUACGUCGACCCCGAGCUCGAGCGCGCCGAGGCCGAGGCCGCGCGCCGGCAGACGGAGGGCCUCGCGGGCGAAUGGCAGGUCUUCGACGUCGCUCCCCCACCCGCGGACGCCGCAGAGGGCGAGGCGCAGGCGCAGGCGCAGGUGGGGGACAAGCGGCUGGCGGAGGCCGUUCCGCUGCUCGAGGACGAGGAGAGCGGGCGGACGUGGAAGCUGAGGCGGAAGACGGCGGGCGUGGGCCUGGGCGAGCUGUAUGAUCCCGGUGAGCUGCCCAUCAAGCUCAAGGCGAAGAAGGAAGAGCCGGUGGAGACAAAGCUGGGGGCGCCGCCGCCGUUGGGCGGGUCGGAGAAGCCGACAUGGAGCGCGAGAGGUUGGAACAAGCCAGGGGAGUACUCGACGGAACAGACGGUGGCUGCGGCUGAGGCGAGUGGACGAAAUGCUGGUCAGGAGAGGGUAGAGGAGGAUGAGGUCAAGACGGAGAGGGAGGACCCGAAUAUCUCGAGAGAGGCUGAGCUCAAGGGCCCUCCAGAGCCAGAGGUCAAGGCGGAAGAAGUCAAGUCGGAGCCUCUCGAGCCAGUAGCUCCUCCAGCCCCAGCUAGCGGCAGUCUAUUCAAGAAACGCAGAGCUCCUGCUGGUGGAGGGAGCCGAGGAGGAAGGAGGAUAUAG